CUUAACUGUUUGCUUAGUUAAAUCCUGGUGGUGAUUUUUUAUUUAUUUUUUGGCCAGGCAGUGUAUAUUGGAUAUAUACUGUAUUCGCUCUUGACUGUUACUUUACUUGUUCUCGUAACUAUGCAGUGACUACACCAACUUUUCACUAGAAAUGACCGAUUUCUUCCUCUCCACUGCUACACCCACAAAAAACCCACACAGUCUACACUCGGGCAUGCACACAUACACGCUAAAAACACACAUCUGCACGGUUCACUGGCAUGUCUGUGUGCAGGAGAGGGGUCCUGAGGGAGCGCUCAGUCCGAGCAACUUCAUUGCACUGACUAAUUGAUGUGUUUGUGUGUGUGACAGAGAGAGUGUGUGUUGGUGAUGGAGAGAAGGCGCACACAUUUAACAGUCCAAUCUCACUUCACCUUCUCUAAACAAUGCUUCAAACUCAGGCACAAAGUGAACAUUGCUGUCAGUCAUGUGCUAAUUUAAGCUCUGUGAGAUGUCUGAGAGUUGGGCCUGUCAGUCUCUUCCUGAAAUUAUAAGACAACCGUGAAACACUGCAGCCAAGUGCUGAGGAGACCUGAACCUAUUAACCAACCACACACACACAGUACCUCCAUCCUCACACAUCUCACACAACACACACACCGACACACAGAUUCAAGACUGAGGGCAGCUCUUUCGAUGUAUGCGCAGCUAAUGUAGCAGUUACAGCUACUUAUUGGAUGAAAUAUGGCUGACAUGGAAGGUGGACAGGAACAGUUAUGUGUGAGAAGGACUGAGAAUGAAGCCUUAAAAUGGUUGAAUGUUAUAGUUUUUCGUGCAUUCAAUAGAUUUUUGGUGGUUGUUUUGAUUAUUAAAUCAAGCAGACAAAACAAUUUCGCAGAAUUGUGGAAAACUGAGGAUCAAACAGACAGCAGAAUAUUAAUAUUGGUAUCUAAGCUGAAAACCUUUUGUAAAACCUGUAUAAUAUGGGAAAAUGUAUAGGUAAGAAACUCCUUUUAGUCAUCUGAAAAGAAAAACACCCACAUACAACACACUGUCUCUACCGUCGAUACUCUCUAAAAGCCAUGGGACAAAAUUUAAACUGUCCUUGACCCGCUUUUUGCAUGUAAUUGCUAAAUUUCCGACAACAAUGAAGACCACAAAGCGUUGCUGCGUUGCUAUGGUAACGACUGUUUACCUCCCUGAUACGCAGCAACUAUCGUCUGUCAGCUGUUCGCCAACUGACGAUAAAACUGUAAAACCUGCAAGAAACUGUCGGAAUUUCAUAGAGUAGGACAUACAGUUUCUCAAUGAGCAGCUGUCUGUGGUUCUCAUAUAGAGCGUGCUCCAAAGGAAUCCACCAGCAUAACUCAAGAUGUGCUUUCAGGAUUGAAGAUCAAACACAGUCGACUAAUGAAGAGCUGAAAAUGAAAGACCUGAAGGAGCCCCAGGACUCAUCAGCAGCUGGUGGAACAACACAUGCUCCUCCACCAGCUGAACCUCUCCCCACGCAUAACACAUAUGAGGAGGAAGAGCAGACCAAGGAAGAGGAUGUUGAGGAUGAAGACCUUAAAGCUCCAGUGGAGCUGAAAAUGGAGUUCCUCAGAGCUGUAAAGGAGAAGGACUUUCAGCAGGCCACUAAACUUUGUCAGACGAUCCUCGUCUAUGAACCAGACAACCCUGUGGCCUCUGAGUUCCUCCUGCUGAUCCAGAAGAAACUGCUGGAAGAGCAAGAGGCAGAGCAGAGCAGUGAUGAGGAUGAAGAAGAAGAAGACGAAGACAGUAAUGAUGAGGACGACAAAGACGAUAACUCUGACAGUGAUGAGGAGUCAUUCUGUAACUCUAGCUGCUCGUCUUCAUCUUGCUCUUCUUCAUCAUCAGAUGAUGAUGAAGACAAAAAUCAGGUGAACAGACACAAGCCGUGCCCUCCUUCUCACAUUUCCCCCUAAAACUGCCGUACCAGUCCAGCAGGGGCUGCGUCUGAGACCUCUCACAAUAUAAUCUUGUUACUUUUGAAAUAUUGUAUGUAUUUUAAUAGACAAUGCUACUGUACUCAGUCACAGUGCAUUUUGUAGACAGUGUGACAUUUACAUUCACAAUUAUACAUUCUUUCAUAUUUUACCUGCAAAUAAAAUAUUUAUUGUUGACUAA